AUGGAUCUUGAAAAUCCCCUAGGGUCAGCCUUUGGUGCCAUUACAAUAACAACAGUGCUGCUGGCGGGGGUAACAAUCUGGUCUUUCCUUUAUUCCGGCCCAAAGAAGUUCGACUUUCCCAUCUACGGCGCGGAAAAUGAAAAACCAGGUAGUUUGAUGCAGAAAUUUCAACAUCAGGCAGACAUUAUUCUAGUUGAUGCUUAUAAAAAGUUUCAAGGAGGUAUUUUCCAGUUGUAUACGCCGGAUGGCGUUCGAUUGUUUCUGCCUCGAAAAUAUGCGCAAGAACUCAAGGGGUACGAUCGAGAAGUGCUGAGUGGCAUGAAAGCACUAGCAGAUCGCCAUUUGGGCCAAUAUACCACUAUCGACCAUGAAAGUCCAUACAUGUUGAAUGCCAUCAAGCUUGAUCUGAACCAAAAAUUAGGACAAUUCGUGACUGACGUUCAAAAUGAGGUUGCUCACGUUAUUGAUGCUACAUUUCCCGCUUGCAAAGACUGGACACCCGUCAAUCUGAACGACUUACUCCUUCGAAUCAUCUCUCAGGCAUCAGCAAGAAUCUUUGUCGGUUCGUCCCUAAGCCGCAAUAAGGAAUGGUUAGAUCUGAGCGAAAAAUUCGCAACAGAUGUCAUGAUCGGAGGCGAAAAGCUCAAAGCCUGGCGUCCAAUCCUUCGUCCAAUUGCGCAGUACCUCAUUCCUGAAGUUCGGAGAAUUCAAGCAGAUCAUGAGGAAGCAUAUCAAUUGCUGCGACCUGUUCUGGAAGCGAGAGAAAGGGCUGAAGAGAACUUGGGGGAUGAACACAAGAAGCCAAAUGACAUGCUUGAAUGGGUCAGAGCCAGAGCUACCAAGAACAACGACAAAUCGGUGGACUAUCGUGAGCAGGCAAACAUCCAAUUACUGACAGCAACCGCCGCUAUACAUACUACCCGACUAGCUACCCUUCACGUCCUAUUCGAUUUAGCAGCGAGACCGGAGUAUAUAGAUCCUCUCAGAGAGGAGCUACGAGAGGUUCUAGCCGAGACAAAUGGUGUUCUGACAAAGCAAACUCUUACCCACCUAAAAAAACUCGAUAGUUUUAUGAAAGAAUCUCAACGACACAAUCCUCCAUCGUUAGCUACGUUCCAGCGCAAAGUUUUAACUCCUAUCAAACUAUCCAAUGGCCUUGAGCUUCCCGCGGGCGUCAUUGUACAGUGCAAUACAGGUGUUCUUGACGAAGUCCCUGAGAAUUGGGGAGAUCCACAUGCAUUCGAUGGAUUCCGCUUCUACAAGCUUAGAAGCAAGCCUGAAGACGCGCACAAAUAUCAGUUUCCUAGCAUUUCUCUCGAGUCUAUGGAAUUCGGUCUCGGCAAGGACGCCUGUCCAGGAAGGUUCUUUGCUACGAACCAAAUCAAGAUCAUUCUUGCACACUUGAUAUUCCACUAUGAUUUGGCUUUGGAGAAUCCUGAGGCUGGACGACCAAAGAAUUUUAUGUUCGAAGUCAAUGUUCUAGCGGACCCAACGGCUAAGCUACUGUUGAAACGAAGGAUUUAG